AUGAAGGUCGUGUGUGUGUCCGACACGCACGGACUGCACGAAGAAGCUGCGGCCGUCCCGGACGGGGACGUGUUCGUCCACGCAGGCGACUUCACCGACACGGGCGAGCGGGACGAAGUGCUGGCGUUCAACGAGUACUUGGGGCGGCUGCCGCAUCGGUACAAGCUCGUGAUCGCUGGGAACCACGAGUCGUCGUUCGAUCGCCACUUCUACGCCGGGUACUGGCACCUCUACGGCCACCGACAGCAGUACGAUCCGGAUGAAGUGCGCGCGCUGCUGACCAAUGCGCUGUAUCUGGAAGACGAGGCGGUAGAGAUUGAGGGUUACGUCUUUUACGGCACGCCAUGGCAGCCCGAGUUUUGCAACUGGGCGUUCAACUUACCUCGGGGCGACGCGCUGCUCCGUCGGUGGAAAUGCAUCCCAACCGACACGGACGUGCUGAUCACCCACACGCCUCCUCAAGGCCACGGAGACCGUGUGGGCUGCACAAACGUUGGUUGUGCGGAUUUGCUAUCGGAAGUAGAGCAUCGAGUGCAUCCCAAGCUGCACGUGUUUGGACACGUGCACGAAGGCUAUGGACAGAGUUCGAGUCCAGACGGCAAAACUACGUACUUUAACGCUUCAGUAUGUACUCACAAGUAUGAACCGGUAAACGCGCCCUUAGUGUUCGAGUUGACGGAUCCACCGAAGCGAGAGGGGCGCCUUAAACGUCUACCGCUACUGAUGUCUUCCUCAUCUCACACUAGUUGCCAAGCUAAUUGCAACGCAAGCAGCCGUGACGACAGCAGCAUCAGCAGCACAUUGGCGGCAGUAGAUGAAAUGGUUGACGUGCAUGCAGAUGCACCGAUCGAGGCGGACCCCAAGAAGUACGCCUUGAUGCUGCACGAAUGGCUACGCCUGUGCUCCCACAAGCCUAUGUUCGUUGAAAAGCAUGGUGUCCGAGGCACAGUGCGCAAAAGCAGCAGCAAGGAAAUGCUGCGGGACUUUCGGGUGGAUGGCACGACGUCUGGGCUGCUAUUUGAAAGCACGUUAAGGUUACGUCCUGUCAUCAAUGUGCAGAAACGCGCGCUGAGAUACCUCUUCGCGCAAGGGUUCCACGCUAAUGCUGACAACUACAAGGAGGAGGUAGACGAGAUCUCAGCGAUUGCUGUCCCGAUUGAGGGCUGCGAUGAACAAGACGCGUCGAAGACCGGUUUCGCGGACAGCGAAAAGAUCAGGCCAAUAAAAGAGCGGCGAAAGCAUGGCAUUUCUCGCCGUGUAACUGUGGCCGUUUUGGACGAUAUUGACGAAGAAAAAGAAGGAAUGGACGAAGGCGCUCGACAGCACGUGCAGCAGGCUCGUCUAGGAGCUGCCGCACUUGGUAAAUCGAAUGUUGGAAGUGCUGAUGUGCCUAUUCGUGGUUCACGACGGAGUAGGGCCCUACAGCGCCGAUCAGCAGUAUCAAAACUUGCUCCGCUUUCUGAGGAUUCGAUUGAAGCUGAUGGAAGCUGCAGCAGCGCAGUGGGCACAGUGGGCACAGUCGUGCUUGAGGGGCUCGCGAAAGAGGCUCCUACAGUUCCUGAAGCUGCAGUCAAUGCAGAUUCAUGCGUCACGGAGUGUGUUUUGUGCAAGUAUAAUGUCCACGGCCAUAUUCAUCCGGGGGAGAAGACAAGCGAAAAGACUGAAGCACUGGCCGCGACCCCGCGUGUCGUUGAGUGUGUGAUGUGCAAAUAUAAAGUGUCUGGCCACGUCCAUGCAGAGACUCAACCUCUGUCACCGCCCGAGCCAUCGCCCCAUCCAGCAGUGAUGCAACAAGACACAAAGCAGAGUGGGCCGCGCCCCAGAGCUGACAAGCCACCAUCUAAUCAUCUGUCGUCCUGGUUCUGA